UUCAAUUCAUAUAUCUUGGAAAAUUACAGUGCAAAUUGCUUAAUCUACUUAAGUUUAAAUAAUCUCUAUAAAGUGAACAAAUUACCAUGUUUAAGUGUUUAAGAAGACAAGAUAGUACACAUGGGUGUGUAAAUAGAAAGAAGAUAAUAUUGGUAGGAGAUGAAAAAUGUGGUAAAACGUGUCUUCUCCAGCGAUUUUCUCGGGGUACUUUCUCUGAGGCGUGUUACAUGCCAACCUUAUUUGAAGUAGAAACCAUACCAGUAGAGCACGAAAACAAACAGGUGGAGUUAGUUUUGUGUGAUACAGCGGGUCAAAGCGAUUAUAGUCGAUUGAGACCAGUUUCCUACCCUGGAAGCGAUGUCGUCAUCAUCUGUUUCUCAUUGGACCAUUCUGACAGUCUUGAAAAUGUAGAAUCAAUAUGGUGGCCGGAAAUAUGUCAUUUCUGCGAAGGUGUCCCGAUAUUGCUUGUUGGAACUAAAAAAGAUUUACGAGACAAGCAUAUCCCCAGGAAUAGCGAUUCAAUGGUUGAUAGUAUUGAUGAAUUAAUAGAAAAAGGUGACCUGUGUGUAAAAUCGGAAAAAGGACAAGCUAUAGCAGACAAGAUUGGCGCUGUUGGAUAUUUAGAAUGUUCGGCAAAACUAAAUGAUGGAGUGGAGACAAUUUUUAGGGAAGUCACUCGAGUAGCCCUGACAAUGAAACGAAAGAAAAAGCGAGGUUGGUAAACCUAACUCCAGAAAUUAUGGUUGAGUAUUUUUUGUUAAAAGCAACAGCUCGUCUAAAAAGCAACAGCUCGUCUAAUUGUUGGUCGACAAAAAAUAAGACAAAGCCUGGUUAAAAACGUUAUUUGCAAUAUCUUUUGUGUUAGGAUUUGAUUACGCCAUUAUUACGUGAUAUUGUGAAGAUCGUGAACACUGAGAAAUGGGUUAGUUAUAAAUAUUAAAUUAAUGAUAUAGUAAUAUGUGAGUGUUAUAUUGAAGUAUGUCAUACGUUUACUUAGUCAUUGAAUGUGAUGUGAUGUGAAGGGCUAUUGCGAGUAUCUGAUAAGUGCUCUAUUCGCAUAAAUCUCUUGUAAAACACCAUCCUAAUCAUGAACAGGAAGCAUGCUAAAUUUAUAUUGCGACAUAUUGUGACUGUUAUGUUCUUCACUUGUGUCUGAAGAAUACCCGACUUAAGAUAUCCCUACAUUGGAUUAGAUUUGAGUCAUGUCUGAAUGAUUUUGUAUUUAUCAGUCGCCAAAGAUAUGUUUUGUUAUUGUUUUAUUUGUUAUAAACUGUAUAAAACACAGGGCCACGAUUGCCACAGAACGAAGUUUAGUACACUACAUUCUUUGUUUUAAAAGGAUGUAAUUGUUGUUAAUAUACGGUAGAUUUAACUUUUGAUUAUUCAUGUAUUUUUCUUAAAGAUACAUUAUGUAAGAUUUAGAUAAAGAGCUAGUCAUUCUGGCUAUAAUAGUUCGAAAAUAGAUAAUGUAAAAUGAAUAAUUUGAAAAAAAUUAAUUCAAAUUACUCUAUUGAGAGCGAGGAUAUUAGCCUUUGAAGGUUUGAAAAUAAUUUCAACCACCGUACUGGUUGUUCGAAGCUAAGUCUCGCUCCUCCAUUUUAAGCUUAAAUCAAAAUAUGACUGAACUGCUCUAAUCUAUUUAAUAU